GUGGCAUGAUGAGCGAUAAUAGUUCUUGUUCAUUGUCUGAAGUCUAUUUAUAUGAUACCAUCAAUGAUCAAUGGGAUACCAAGCUAACUUCGGGGACAUUACCUUCUGACAGACAUGGCUUUUCUGCGAUCCUUGGAUUGGAUGGUCAACAAUUGAUAAUUUUCGGAGGAAGAAAUCAAACUAAUGAACAAUUUAAUCGAAUUGAUUCCCUUUAUACUUUAAACCUAAGCAAUUUUAUGUGGAAUAUUCCAAAAGUUUCUGGAGAUAUUCCAAGUUCUCGUUCAUAUCAUAGGGCAAAUGUGAUUGACAAGUAUAUGGUUAUUUCAUUCGGAAGUGGUAAAAUUACCAGUGAUUUAUUUUUGCUCGAUAUUAGCAAUAAUAAAGAAUAUAAAUGGAUUGAACCUAAUAAAGAUCAUAAAACUAACUCGGUGAUGAUUGGUAUGAAUAAUCCUGCCGAAAAUAUAUUUGGAAAUGUUAAAAUGAAUGUGAAGCCAGGUCAAAAAAUUACUGCUCUAAUAUUUGAAUGUUUGAAACCGACAAAAUUAUGA